CUCUCUAGAAGAUCGAGUAUGUUGAUUUCGAGAGUAGGAAUUAUUGGUGCGGGUAUAAGUGGUAUUGCAGCAGCAAAACAACUUAAGCGUUAUAACCCGAUUGUUUUUGAGGGUUCGGAUUCUCUCGGUGGUGUUUGGCAACACUGCUCGUAUAGAUCAACAAAACUUCAAACACCGAGGUAUGAUUACGAGUUCUCGGAUUACCCAUGGCCUGAAAGAGAUAAUCACAACUUUCCUUCUAGCACUGAGAUUGUGGAUUACGUCUACAAUUAUGCUAAGCAUUUCGAUGUGUUGAAGUACGUCGAAUUCAACACAAAGGUAGUUGAAUUACGAUAUGUUGGCGGCCGAGAUACCAUGACUACGGAUUUGUUGGCAGAGGACGAUGUGUCGACUCUAUGCCCUGGUAAACCACUCUGGGAAGUUGCUGUCAAGUCCAAAUACUCUGAGACCAUUGAGUGGUAUUCAUUUGAGUUUCUGGUGGUAUGUAUUGGCAAAUACGGCGACGUACCAAAAAUCCCAGAGUUCCCGAAAAACAAAGGUCAGGAGGAUUUCAAUGGAAAAGUUUUGCAUACACUUGACUAUUGCAAACUUAACAAGGAUGAAACAACUGAAUUACUUCAAGGGAAAAAAGUUGUAGUCAUUGGUUACAAAAAAUCAGCUAUAGACUUAGCCAAUGAAUGUGCUGAGGCUAAUCAAGGACCAGAUGGAAAACCAUGCACCAUGGUGAUAAGGACCCUGCAUUGGACAGUCCCUUCUUAUUCGAUUUGGGGGCUACCAUUUUUCUUGUUCUAUUCAACAAGAUUCUCACAGUUUCUCCAUGAAAGACCAAAUCAAAGCCUAUUGAAAGAUCUGUUUUGCCUCUUUGCAUCUCCAAUGAGAAAAGGAGUAUCGAAAUUCAUCGAAUCCUACUUGGAAUGGAAACUACCUCUAGCCAAAUACGGGUUGAAACCAAGUCACCCGUUCGAGGAAGACUACGCGUCCUGUCAAAUGGCUAUCUUGCCAGAAAACUUCUUCGAACAGGCUGAUGAAGGAAGAAUCUUGUUUAAAAAGAGUCCAAAAUGGAGUUUUUGGAGUGGUGGGAUUGAAUUAGAGGACAAAACAAAGCUGGAAGCAGAUGUUGUUGUUCUUGCAACCGGUUUUGACGGCAAGGGGAAGCUUAAGUCAUUAUUUCCUGAACCCUUUAGAAGCUUGUUAGAGGACUCUACAGGCAUCAUGCCACUCUACAGGGGUACAAUCCAUCCAUUAAUCCCCGGGGUGGCUUUUGUUGGAUAUACAGAAAGUGUAUCAAACCUACAUUCUUCAGAGAUCCGUUGCAAAUGGUUAUCGCGAGCUAUGGAUGGUCAUUUCAAGCUUCCAACGAUCCAAAACAUGCGCGAACAAAUAUCGAAAGAGAUCGAAGUGUCAAAGAGAUCAACUCGGUUUUACAAGAAGAAACCUUGUAUUUCGACGUUUAGCAUCAACCACACUGAUGAAAUAUGUGAGGAAAUGGGAUUGAAAUCAUGGAGGAAGAAGAAUUGGUUCUUAGAGGCAUUCAGUCCUUACAACAACCGGGAUUAUGAAGAAGAAAAAUGA